GGCCCGGAGAUGAGAGGUGGCACGAAGACGGCCACGCCGCGGUCUGCAGCUGGGCAGGCUCAGAGGAACUCGACCAAUGCCACGCGCAUCCCGGCAAAGACACCCACGGCCCCCAAAACACCUCCCAGCUCCGGCAGAAAGGAGCAGAAAAAACCACCUCCGGCAGCUGCAAAGUCUGAGAAAGGUGAGCAGCCAAAGUCUGGAGACAGAAGCGGUUACAGCAGUCCCGGCUCCCCCGGGACUCCAGGCAGCCGUUCCCGCACUCCCUCUCUGCCCACCCCACCAGCCAGGGAGCCCAAGAAGGUGGCAGUGGUUCGCACACCACCGAAAUCUCCCGCCUCUGCCAAGAGCCGCAUCCAGCCGUCAGCCGCACCCAUGCCCGAUCUGAAAAACGUGAAGUCCAAAAUCGGCUCGACCGAAAACCUGAAGCACCAGCCCGGAGGUGGCAAGGUGCAGAUUAUUAAUAAGAAGCUGGACUUUAGCAGCGUUCAAUCCAAGUGUGGCUCAAAGGAUAAUAUCAAACACAUCCCGGGAGGAGGCAGUGUUCAAAUCGUUUACAAGCCGGUCGACCUGAGCCAUGUGACAUCCAAAUGUGGUUCCCUGGGCAACAUCCAUCACAAACCAGGCGGUGGCCAGGUGGAGGUGAAAUCUGAGAAACUGGACUUCAAAGAUAAGGUGCAAUCGAAAAUCGGGUCCUUAGAUAACAUCAGCCACGUCCCCGGAGGAGGAAAUAAAAAG